CUUGCUCACCCGCCCGGUCUCCCCGCCUCCCCAGCCAGGCCUGGCCCCUCCAGCCUCUGCACAGGAAGUGGGCUGGCCCCAGGGUUUCAGUCUGCGCUGGCCCAGCCGUCGUCAGCUACCUGGGCCGGAGCCGGAGAUGGCGCCAGCCCCCACUGCCGAGAGCACUGGAGGGAGCGUGCCGCAGCCCCAUGUCUCAGCCAGGGCUCCUGUCCCCAGCUCUAUCCCAUGGAAGUGAUGGCGGCCCCUGCCCUGCCCUGGUGCCUGCCCCUCAUGUUCCUCCUGCUGCUGGCAACCCCCCCUGUAUCUACGGCAGAGAGAGACCCUGGCCAGCUCACCUGCUUCUACAACUCCAAAGCCAACAUCUCCUGUGAGUGGACCCAGGAGGGCAGCUUGCCCGGCACAUCCUGCCACAUCCAUGCCCGGCCUUACCUGCGGUCCUGGACUAAAACCUGCGAGCUGAUCCAGGUGAGGCAGGCGGCCUGGGUCUGUGACCUUGUCCUUGGAGCCCCAAAGUCGCAGAGCCUGACCUCAGCCGACACUGUGAAUAUGAGCGUGCUGUGCGGGGCCGGGGAGCCCAGGCGGGUGGUGAAGACUCAGGACUUCAAGCCCUUCAGCAACCUCCGCCUGGUGGCCCCCAGCUCCCUCCAGGUCACCCACGUGGACUCCCGGCGCUGCAACAUCAGCUGGGAGGUGUUCCCGGUCUCCCACUACAUCGAGCGCGACUUGGAGUUCGUGGUCCGGACGCGGCCAGCAGGCGACCGCUGGGAGGACGUUCCCCUGCUGAGCAUCAAGCAGAGGCAGCAGUGGGUUUGCCUGGAGACCCUCCGCCCCGACACCCAGUACGAGCUGCAGGUGCGGGUCAGGGCCCAGCGCGACAACAGCAAGGCGUGGAGCCCCUGGAGCGCGACCCUCGCUUUCAGGACAAAGCCCGAAGCCGGCAGUACCCGGCAGGAGGCCCCGCCCCUGUCUUGGUUGGUCCACGCCAUCCUGGGCGUCUGUGGCGCCUUGGGUUUAUUCUUCAUAGUCUACUCGCUGGUCCACUACCGCACCAUCAUGCUAUGGCUCAAGAAGGCGCUUAAGUACCACAUCCCGGACCCCUCGCAGUUCUUCCCCCAGCUGAGCUCCGAGCACGGAGGCGACUUCCAGAAAUGGCUCUCGUCGCCCUUCCCCUCCUCCGCCUUCAGCCCCGGGGGUCCGGUGCCUGAGAUCUCCCCCCUGGAAGUGCUGGACAGGGACGCCAAGGCCGCCCCGCUGCUCCUGCAGCACAAGGGCGCCCCGCCCCCACCGCCCACAGCCAGCUGCUUCACCAACCAGGGCUACUUCUUCCUCCACCUCCUGGACGCCCUGGAGAUCGAGGCCUGCCAGGUGUACUUCACCUACGACCCCUGCGAGCAGGAGCCCGAGGCGGCGGCACCCGGCGCCCCUGCACCCGCGGGCGCUCCCCUUCCGCUGCUGUGCCCUGUUUCCGGGGACGACGACGCCUACUGCACCCUGCCCCCGGGGGACGAGCUGCUGCCCUUCUGCCCCGCUCUGCCGGGUGGCCCAAGCCCCCCACACCCUGCCCUUGGGGGCAGCAGGGCCUGGGAAGAGAAGCGGCCACCCUCCCUGCGGGAGGGGCUCCUUGAAGACUGGGCUCCCCCCACCGUGGGUCCCCCCGGCCCCGGUGUCCCCCCACCAGUGAGUGUCCAGCCACCCCUGGAGCUGGCGCAGGGAGAGGCUGGGGAGGGAGUCCCUGCCCCCAGCCCUGAGCAGGGGGCCGCGUCCUCCUGGGUGAGCCCUCCCGGGCAGGACCAGACCAGGGCUCUCACCUCAUGUCCGGCCUUGAACACCGACGUCUACCUGACCCUCCAAGAUCUCCCGGAUCAGGACCCAGCUCACGUAGUGUAGACCGGGCUGCCGAGGACACACGCGUCCCUGUAGGCGGCCCCACCCAGUGCCGCCUGCUCGGCCUGCCCCUCCCUGGCCUCAUGCUGCUGCCCGGCCCUGCCUACCCCAAGCCAGGCGCUCCGGAGCCCCUCCCUGCUCCAUCAUGGGGUCCCACAACUUCUGUCUCCUCCGCAGCCCCCCAGCUGCGUGCCAGCCUCAGUCCUGGGUCGCCCAGGGGGCUUCCUGCCCCACGCUGACACCACGGGGCAGCCGGAGCGUGCUUUCCAAAGCAGACACGGCCACGCUCCUGCCCCCAUCCGAAGCCUGCCGUGGCUCCCCAUGGCCCUCCGCGGCACGUCCUGGCCCAGCCACACCACUUGGAGCUCCCUCACGCCACACACCUUGGCACCUGCCACCCUGCCGCGUCCAGGCGACACAUCCCUCAGCCUUUGGGGCCUGUGCUGCUGUCCCUCGGGGACCCUCUCCCUCCAGUGCACCAAGGCUUCCAGGCUGGGUGCCGGCAGGAGGAGCUCCUGGGGCCAUGGGGUGGUUGCAGGAAGAGGCCCCGCCCCGUCUCCCUUGGGCUUUCUCUGCAGCCUUCAUAGGGGGCCCAAGCCUGGACAACACCCCACAAAGCAGAUGCCCGCGGGGUCUUUCCACGGCGGCUUCGCGGACUCACAGCGAGGCCACUGGAGAGCGAACCCCAGGGUCCGAGCAGCCCAGGCAGCAGCGUCCCCCUAGGAGCAGGCCCAGAUGCUGCGGCCAAGGGGCCCCCCAGGCGGGUCCCUCCCCCAGCAUCCUCCAGGGCAGGAAGCAUCCAGAAAGGAAGUAUGGGGGGCAGGGCCUUCGCUGUCUUCUCACUGCCCUGGCAGUGCCCAGCGCCCCCUCGGAUCCUUGGAUGAAAUAACGGACUCUCCGGCCCCACCUCGCCUGGGCUCCCGGCCGGGGCUUCCUUCCCUGGGCGGCCCCUCUUGCGGGGGCGGAGGACACGCCCACUAGUUCCAGCACCCCUGCACCUGCAGUCUCCCCCUCCCACACAGCUGGCCCCCUCCUUCUCAGGGCUCGCAGUAGCCGUCCGACUUCUCUCGGCCCGGCCUAGACACGCACGGUCACACCAUGGCGGCUGUCCCAGCCUUCCGCCCCAGCAGGAGAGCGACCCAAUCCCACCUAACUGAGCGGCCGCCGCUCACCCUGCACUUACAGGCCCUGCUCACAGCUGAUUGGACCCCUGGCCACGAGCCCUCUUAUAGGUUCUUCCGCAGCCAAUGAGGUGGCUUGGAGCAGUAGCUCUGUCCAAUCAGGGAGGCUGGCCUGAUCUAGCCAAUCAGAUUCUUCCUCAGUCUUGCGUGUUGGGCCGCAGGGAGCCGGGCCCUGGAGCAGGUGCUUGGGACUGGGGCCCCGAGAGGGUAGGCGGGCGAUGAGCCUGGGGAGCCGGGGGCUUCGGGCUCCUGAUCCAGAAACUGCUACUUAGCCGAGGACGGUUACGGCGCUUCGGGUGAGGGCCCUGCUGCCUGUCCGUCCGGAAAAAACGCUGCUUUCUUGA